AUGGUCAUGACGGCCGUUGUCUGGUUCUUCACAACGAUCAUAAUCGUCUUGUCUCCUGGUGACCAUUGCGUUGCGAUCCCCGCUGUGGCUUUCCAGCUUGGGCACGCUAUUUCCUUAUCGAAUUUUGAAAGACGUAUGAUCCUAUCCCCCCGUCGCCACGUUGUCGCGGUAUCGAACGACUUCGAGAAAAUUCUUGUCGACAGUUAUCGUGAGAAGUCGGAUCAUUCUCCGCUUUUGGGCUGGAUGUGGUCAAAGGUCCAUAGCGCCACAUGGGAUCCAAAGAUUCUAGGAGUCUAG